ACGCUUGAGGACAAGGCAACGGCCUGCCAGAUGCUUGUCUGUUACGCCAGAGAACUGAAGGAAGGCUUUGCGCCGUACUGUGAAGAGGUCCUGGAGACCAUGCUCCCCCUGCUCACACUGUGUUUGAACGACGAGAAAAUGAUCAAGCAUCUUGUCCGUCUGUAUCGUGUGGAAGAGCAGAUCACUGAUCCGCUACGCUUGUAG